CGCGGUGCUCUAUUCAUUGGCCCGUCGAACGUGACCACAAACCGUGGUAUAUGAGUUCUACCGCGCGAAUCUCUCAGAAAUUUCGAAUUAACAUUACAACUACCUCGAAUUAACAAAGACACGUUCAUGAAUUUAUCCCGAAAGGCCCGAAAAUGUGUAUUUCCGCAAAGUGAUCGGAUCUUCAAGCGCAAUUUCAGCAAUUAACACUUUCCAGCGAGAUUCGUAUCAUCAAGUCCCCUUUGAACUCUUCGUAGUUGUUCGAUUAAAUGGAGUGUCCGCGAGUGUAAAGUGUGAGAGCUUUAACAAUUCGCAAACAAAUUUUACCACAUUCAAUUGCAAGCGACUCACGCAGCUCGAAAAAGCGUGUAAAAUAAAAAAAGCACAUCCAGGAAUCUUUUUGGACUUUUAAUAGAACUGCUGACGAGACGGAUUUCAAAGUGAAAUCAUGAGGAACGUGACAAAAUGAUACGGCGUCAGAUUAAGAAAAAUUCAUGACGACGUCGUGAACAUGUUUAGCGAAUGACAGUGAAUCGCACGAUCAUCACUGACGGCCGAAGAGAGAAAUGACUGUUCUCAAAGCCGGAGCGCUUAUCUCGCUACUUCUGAUCGCCGAUACAAGCUGUCUCGCUAAUAAAAGAAGGAACAACCGAUUUCUGAGAAAGUUUGGUCAGCCAGAGAAAGAAGAAAAUAUCGAAAAUGCGAUCGAUUCGCACGGACAGAUGAGAUUUUUCGAUGAACUUGGAUCUAUUCAGAGUACGACAAUUUCGCGGCGACAUAAUAAUUCAACGAAGAAAGAAAUGGAAAAUAAGAUACAACACCACGAUAUACGGAAGUCAAAGUCGAUCAUGAAGCUCGCGCUUGGAGUGCUUCUGAUCACCGUGGCGACCGCUUUCGAUCACCAUGAUACUUAUUCGUGGAAACACAGGGAGGAUUGUAAAAUUGCAACUGCAAGCCGAUCGAUUAUACCGAUCAAAGUUAAAGAAACUCGUCUACAGCGGUCCGAUACAUACCCAUCGAGAAGGUUAAAUCGGCGCGAGGACAAUGUUCUCCAAAACGCACCGAGAAGAUUCACGAUGGCCGAUGAUUCGAAUGAGCAUCACGAUCUCUGGAAACCCGAAGCCGCCAGAACGAGACAGGAUCUCACGCGUGAGAAUCGAGCCAUCGAGAGCAACCUGAAAAACGUGAUAGGCAUACCGUCCAAGGUCGAACAAUAUCACUUUUCGAAUUUUCCGUACAGCGGUGAUGGAACCACUGACGCCAUAUUGGAGAACACGGAUCAUCCAAAGAAUUCUAUGUUCUCUGAAGAUACUCAAGAUCGUUUUUUAAAUCAUAAUACAGAAGAAAUGGAUUGGAGCGAGCAGGAAACAUUCGAAAAGGACUCACAGAGCGAAGAGGAAGAGGAAAUAAAUAUCCAAGAAGUACUGAAUGAAAUCAGACAAAAGAGAUUAAAUGGAGCGCACGAGGAAAUGUUAGACGGACAUCGACAGGGCAGAGGGAGGAAGUUGACCAGCAAGCAGCAAGGUGCCUUGCUAGUGGAGACACUCAGAAAGAAGCGAAACUACACCAAUGAUCAUCGAGGACAUAACUCCAAUCUCCAGAGCAGCCUAAUAGAGAUGUUGGGCAGAAUGAUACCGCAAACGUGCAAGUACAAAGGUGCGAGGUUUGAGUGCGGCCUCAGCAUUAGCUGCGUUAUGAAUGGUGGUCGACCAGUCGAUCUGUGUUCCGGAGGUUUACUAUGGAGCUGCUGCGUGGACGACGAAGACAUACCCGAAAAAGUACCGCGACCGACUGUGGGUCUGUUACAGAAUGCCACGUUUACCCUAAAUCUCGGGCACCAACAGCCAUACGUGGACGACGACGUGCACGUUUACGGCAGCGCGAUUAGGCCCAGCAGGCCCUCGCACAGCCAUGAGACCCAUCGGCCCACGUAUGUGGGUGGCGUCAAUAAUCCAACCAACAUUUACGAUUCAUCUUACGCGAUCUGGAACCACGAUCGGCCGAACGAUCUCGCAGUCAGCCACAACCGACCAACGUUCACCACUCGUCCGUAUCACACAGUUCAGGAUUAUCCACAGGACGAGUACGACGGCGGCUAUUCGCCUGCCGCUUCCGGUGGCCCAAUCGAGGACUCGUCCAACGUCAUGGACUACUCCAGAUACCGUGGCUGUGGCGAACUCUACACGAGGAGCAACAGGAUCGUAGGUGGACACUCGUCUAGUUUCGGUAGCCAUCCGUGGCAGGCCGCUAUUCUUAAGUCAGGAUUCUUACAAAGUAAGAAGCUGUCUUGCGGCGGCGCCUUGCUGAAUAAUCGAUGGGUGGUCACAGCGGCACACUGCGUCGCGACAACACCAAAUAACAAUUUGAAAGUUCGACUCGGGGAAUGGGACGUUCGAGACCAGACAGAACGGCUUGUCCAUGAAGAAUUUAAUAUCGAGAGAAAAGAGAUACACCCGCAAUAUUCUCCUACCGACUUUCGAAACGAUGUGGCUUUGGUGAAGCUGUCCCGGAUGGUAGCUUUCAAGCAGCACAUCGUCCCGGUUUGCCUGCCGGCGAGGAAUUUGAAGCUCUCCGGCCGAACCGCAACUGUCGCUGGUUGGGGACGAACCAGACAUGGUCAAACUUCGGCGCCAUCCGUUCUUCAAGAAGUCGACGUUGAGGUAAUACCGAAUGAUAAAUGUCAAAAGUGGUUCAGAGCAGCCGGAAGAAGAGAAACCAUACAUGAUGUAUUUCUCUGUGCGGGAUAUAGACAAGGCGGGCGAGAUUCUUGUCAGGGUGAUUCUGGCGGACCGCUCACAAUGUCGGUGGAAGGCAGACACGUUCUGAUCGGUUUGGUUUCCUGGGGCAUCGGUUGCGGUCGCGAACACCUACCCGGUGUGUAUACCAAUAUUCAGAAAUUCGUGCCCUGGAUCGAUAAAGUUAUGAGCUAAAGCGGAGGAGCUUCAGUCCUUCGAAGGACGAAUUGUUUUACUUGAAAAAAAGGAAGAAGGAGCACAAAAAGAAGAAAGAAGAUAUAAAGACGUGAAGUUACCAAAGUCUUAUUAUGCUUUUAAAGACUUUUACAAUCGUGCUCGAUUAUGAAGAAUUAGGCACUCUUUCGAAAGUGCCAAAAAUCAUAAUGCUUUUUAAAGCGUUAUCGUACGAAAAUCGUUCAGUAUGUUCGAAAUUAGCAAUAAAAAAAGUAAUCAAAAAUUACAGUUGAUGUAUUCCAAUGAUUAAUUAGCAACGUGAAGUUUUUGAGAUGCUAAUUAGUAGUAAUAA